GGUUAGCAGGGGGAUUGACCGGAAGGGGAGGAGAAGGCCAGCAGUCUCCAUAACAAAAACUCAUUGGUUGGUACAGUUUUUUCAGUGGAAAAGCAGGCAUAACCCCAACUCCAGGCAUGAGAUCCUGCAGAAACAGGCACAUGAAGACUUCUCACUGCAAGCCUAGGGUGCUCCCAGGCCAAAUUCCGCACGGGCCAGCAGGGGGAAAGAACUGCUUGCAGGCAGUUCCUCUGAGAAAAAUAAAGUUAUUUAACGGCAAAAUGUUUUGGCUUAAAGCUCGGGAUACAACGGAGGCAAAAAUAAUCUUCAAGAAGUAACACCCACUCCCCACCCCCAUUCAUCUCCAAGGCAGCAGAGUACCCACAAUCUGGAAUGCAGCCCACCAGUUCACGCCUCCUGUAGCUCUCACCUCCUUUUUAAAGAGGCUCGACCCUACCGAGAGUGGGCGAGGAAUGCAAAUCAGCAGGACACAGCCUCCAAAAUACCACUCGGGUGAGGGCUAUUGAGUGCAGACUCCUUUAAUUAUAUUUUGCUCCAAAAUUCUUUAGGAAGCGUCCCGGCAAUUCUCAUGCUUUUGUUUCCUGCAAAUUGUCCAGGUCUGAGACUAACAACAGGCCUUAUAAGCUUCUUAGUGACCACCAGAGAGGAAAACAUCUCAUUACCAAGUGCCUUCGAUGGCCUGUGUCGCUAGAGGCUCCAGCAUGGGCGCUUUCCCCAAAACUGUGCGGCCGCCUCCAGCGCCUUCAGCAUUCUGAACGCCGGAUGGAAGGUUAAGCACGCGAGGAGGUCUGGAUCGGGCAUUUGACCUUCUCCACGGGUCCCCAGAAUCCAAGGAAGUGUGUGAGCUGGUAUGCGGCCCCUAGAAGCAGAGAAACACCCUUGCGCACAAGUGUUUGAUUCGCUUCAGCAACCCGCCAGCUUUUCGUCACAUGUUGGGGGAGCACGCUGGAGAAACGCAUUUUUAAAUCUCCAUGUGCACUGCCAGUCUCCCUUUUCCAUCUGUCUCCUCUCUGUUCGUGGGAGUUUUCUCCCUUUUUGCUGGGACUAUAACGUCCCUUGCAGUCAUCUGCGAAAGGGACAGAUCAUUGAUGAUAGAGGGGGUAAGAGCAAAAGCCGGGCCUUGGAGAAUAAUGGGGAGCCGGCCUCCCUCUGCCCGGCCUCCAGGGUCCCCUUCAUCUUCCAGGUAAGAUAGAUGUGUCCCUCAUCCGUCAUCCGCAGGGAACGCCUUCCUGCGGGCGAGCGGAGAAUCUGCACCGAUGAAGCCUCUUCGCCCCUGUGGGUGGCUUUGUGGGGCGCGGCGCGUCUUCGUCCGAGGAGUUUGGCCUUCUCACACUGCGCCUCCGGGUGUGGGCCCAGGGCGCAGGAGGGCGCGCACGCAGCUCGCUCGGCCCGCGGCUCCCGGGGCUCGCCACAUCAGGACCGGAGCCCGAGCCAUGCGACCGUGACCCCAGGGAAACAGAGUUGCCACGAAUCCUGCUUUCCGGCGGACAUUGGGCCCCGAGGUUUCCGCUGCCACCGUUGGAAGGCGCGCCCAGCGCCGCGGGGGCCGGACGCGGCGGGAACUCGCGCUCCGAUCCAGGCGCAGGGGGCGGGGCCCGCGGGUGCAGCCCCGCCCCCAGGAUCACCGGGAAGCGCCGGAUUCCAAGGCUUUAAAGGCGAGAGGUCCGUUUCGGAAAGAAUCCGAAGGCUUCUCUGGCGCGCGCACCUGGGGGAGUAAAUACAAACUCUUGGUCGGACUCGGAAAUCUGGGACUCAGAGGGCUCUUUUUCAUCCAAAAAGAUCGCGAAGCUCCGGGAGCCGCCCCGAGGCGUCAUCGUCAAGGUGGCCAGCAUCCGCGUGGACACGGUGGAGGAUUUUGCCUACGGAGCCGACGUCCUGGUGAAC